UUGUUUCCCAAAAGCCAUUUUGUGAAAGUGCGCUGAUUUCAGACAAAUGUAAUUUCUUGUGACAGAAAAAGUCACUAUUGAGACAAUUGUUGUAUGAAGCCGGGAUUUGAGGAACUUUGAGGAUGCUGUGGCGUUGUGUCUGUGGAGUCCUGCCAUGGAGCUCGUGCCUGGUCAAUGUUUGCAUGUGCUCUAUUCAUCAAGGAUGAUGUUAAUCAGCCCCCAUAAAUUAUUCACGUCUUUAGCUGCUACUCCAGGGCUCUUUUACGCCUCAUUGAGCAUUUUGCAUUGUCCCUUUGGAGUGAUCUUGGCUGAGCGCCCACUUCUGUGGAGAACUGCCAUCAUCUCCAUUUAUAGACAAUAUGUCUAAGUGUGGACUGAUGGAUAUCUAAACUGUCUGAGAUUACCCUGUACCCUUUAAAAGCCACGUGCAUAUUAACAAUGUUUGAUGUCAGGCAGGGCUGACAUGGCUCAUAGAAUGGGAAUCUUGAGUCUCCAACACUUAAACAGACCGUUGAAGUAACGCUUCCUCCUUCUCUUAAAUUGCUCAUUAAUCUGUUGUCUCUGUCCACCACUCCACUACUCUCCUACUUUCUCUUCUUCACAUCGUGAGAAUGGUUCUGUUUUCCAGCCAGGUGUCUUUGCCGGACUGACAGCAAUUUGACUUUAUAGGAAACACGCUAUGAUGUUCUCUGGGGACAUUAGGUUGGACAGGAAUGUUGCAACAUGACAGCCCAGCAGAGACUUGGCUCCAGGGGGCAGCCCGGGCUGCAUGCACCUCCAUGUAGCAUGCUGCGCCAAAGACAUGUCCGUCAUGCCACCUGUCCUGUUUUGUUGCUGAUAACACAUCUCUGGAACAUUUAACUUCCCUCAAUCCAAUGGUAGAACCGAGCAGCCAGAGGGACGAGACAAUUAUGGUGCAGAAUGAAGCAAGUCGAACAAUGUUUACUCUGGCUUUUCCUCACAGUUACCCAAACAUCCUCAAAUUUGUUCACAGUUGGCCAAGUAUGCUUAUCACAAUCCAUUGGCCUACAUAGAGGGAUUUUAUAUUAGGCAGAGGAUUUUGGUCAGAAGAGGACAGAUGGAACAAAUCAUUCCUGGCACUCACACUCUAGAAGUUAGAAGUCAUCUGGCCAUCCUUCAAGGAAACUGGAACAAUAAGGAGCCCGCGCUGUCUCCAACCAUGAGAGAAUGAGUCACUGAGAGAAGAGCUGGGAACGAAGAAAGGACUAGAGGGGAGGGGAUGCUAAAAUCAAAAGCAAGGGAGUGAGAACAAAAACGAACUUGAAACACGCAGGCUAUUAUGGGGGAGCACACGGGCCCAUCCCAAACCUUAGACAUCCGAUCUCCCGUGGGCAGAGACAACGGAGCAGGUGGAGCACGAGGGGCUGACGAGUAAACGAGCCAGUGUGAUGGGCCAGAAAGGAUGGGCAGGCUCCGCUCCCUUCCCACAGGCUUACUCGCUGGUAAUUUACCCGGCCACGGCAAGCGCUCGUCUUCCUCCAUGAAUGAGGGCUGGGAAUAGGAUGUGCACAACUACAGAAGCCGUGGGACAGUACGGACACUACUCUCACGUUGAUUUUAAAGAAUAUUUGAUGCUGCAUAUAUUUAUUUUUGUAUGAGUGCGAGACUAUAGCCACAUGAGCUUCUUUACAUUUAUCACAGUGACUGCUGUUCAGUUUUUACUUGCUGUGCUCAACGCUACUACACCUUGAACUGUGAACAUGAUAAUCCAUCAUUUCUUGAGGACAAUCUUAGUUGCAAAGAACACGAUUGGUGAAUUAAUCUGAGGUAACAGGAGCAGCUCACAGCUAUUAUUUAGCUCUGCCUGCUCACUGAUGAAACUGGAACUCAGUCGUCCAGUUGUACAGAUGUCUCGGUGUCAUAAUUAAUAUAGUAUUGGAGAGAUCGACACACUGACACAGCUACGACUGCCUGCGGAGUCUGUGGAUGUCGGGGGAGCAAGAGAAAUGGUGAGCAAAGAGCCCAACCACUUGCUCACCAGCCAAACCAACGGCAAGGGCACUUUGGCGGACAAGUUGCCCGGGACGGUGACCGUGCGCUCCGUGCUGCUCAACCGCGACUCCCCGGACAUCGAGAGCCGCCUCAAGCGGCGCCGCAGCCGCACCCACCAGGUCCGCUUCAAAGACCUGGAAGAUGGCAGCAGCAGCAGCGGCAACAGUGGAACAGGAGAAAACAAUAGCCAUCAGAGGACUGUCAAGGACUGUGGCAGCCCACAUCCUCUUCGUAAACACGGCAGCAGGUCCCCCCAGCCGUGGGCCGACAGGGAGGGGCCGCCCACUGGCAGUCUGCCUGGCCAGACCUCGGUGGUGGGGGCUGUGCGUGGGGACAUGGCAAGCACCAUCGAGGUGGUGGCUGCUUUUUUAGCCCGGGCCCCUCCUCAUCCAUUGACACCUGGUCCCACGCGUAGAUGCUGGGCACCGCCGCAGACGAACUCCUUAACGUUGCCAAUGACACGAAGGCCCAGUACGAGCACCAGCACCGCCAUCCAGACGUCCCCAUGCCUGAAAAAGCCCCAGUCCCUCCCCUCAUCCCACACACGUAGCCACAGCCUCAGGGACUCAGUUGGUGUGGAUGGGGAUGAUGAACACGACUCUCAAGAUGAGUACCUUAUGCACAACCAUGUGUCACUGUCUGGGUCCAAGGAUCAAAAUGGUCCUCCUGCGCCUGGGGAUCACACUGUGGUAGAGCGGAGGUCUAAAGCCUCCAGGACAGAUCUUAAAUCAGCUGUUAGUGUGGUAAAAAACUCAAGGCACAGCUGUCCGCCUUCCGUCCUUCACAACACUGAGCCAUGUCACUGUUCCUCCAUAUCUUGUCGAGAUGGACCCAAGCGUCAGGGAAGCAGCACUCCCUCGGUGGUGAGGAGGAGAAAGCGCCUAAAUAGGACAACAAGUGAUCCUGGGAAGGAAGUGCACUACUGCACCACUCCCACUCAGACAGACAGCCGCAGUCCAUCCCCACCGCCUUCAAACAAUAAACUCUGCACCACUCAAGUUCAAACCGAGAGCCCUCCCUCGCUCCAAAAUUCCAAGUAUUGUAGCGCUCAGAGUCAGACUGAGGGUGAACAUCGGGCUCCGGCUCUGAGCGACAAGCAGUGCGCAGUCGGAAACAAAGUCGCCGACUCGUGUCCAGGCUCGCCUCCAAUCGCCGAACGCAAAAAAGCCGACUCUCCCCGUCACUCGGCUUCGACGACCCCGCCGUGCGCCCUGCAGACACAAGCCCCCAGCCGCUGUGCUUCCCCACCCUCCACGGUUGCGCCCAGUUCAGCGAGAGUUCAGCCCGAGAGUUCUCCGCCCCCCACUGAGACGCAAGAUUCUCCCUCCACCCAAAUGACUUCUGUGCCUUACUGUACUUCUCCCCCACCCACAAGUGCACCAACGCAGAGCCCUGAACGCCGCGCUAAACCACCUUGCACCUCUCCAGUCCCCAGCCCAUCUUUGCCCACAUCCGUGUCAGUUCCUUGCUCCACUUCUGCUCCUACCGUCCAAUACCCAGUGCCCUAUUACACAGUCGUGUCACCGCCAACGCUGAGCACAGCUGUCUUCUCCAGUAGUUCUUCAAUAGCGCCACCAGUCCCCAAUCGAAUCUGCACCUCCCCAAUUUUAAACAUGGUGUUGUCCACUACCUUAACCUGUUCCAGCCCCACUCCCACUAUCAGCCCCAUUGUUGCUACGUCUGACAUCAAACAUCCAAACACCGCAAAUAUAACACACGAACCACCAUGCAAUGCUUCAACCCCCACAGCGCCCGCAUCCGUAACGCCCUGCACAUUUGUAACUCAGACUGCUCUGUCCUGCACCUCCAUAUCAUAUUACACCACAACACAUGCCGUUGGUCCCCAUGCCCCUCAUUCAAAUUCUACUUCGCCUUCUUAUGCCACUCUGAUACAGACUGUAUCUCACUGCAACAUCCCAUGCCAAGCUCUUCAAAGCUCCUCGUCCGCUAACACGGGCAUUGCCCCCUACACCUCACCUGUCCCAAAACUAAAACCUUACACGUCCCCACCUCCCCUUGUGAAAACAUACACGUCCACGUGCCCAAAUUCUCAGCUGUGUGCAACUCCGACUAAGGCGGUUCCUCUGUACUCUUCCACAUUUCGCGCGGCACCGCCGUACACCCCCCCCUCUCAGGCCCCCUACAACGCUCAGGAUAAAAGGGGCAUUCGACUACCACCUCCUCCCCCGCCGCCUCCACCUUACACGCCUCGCAAAAAGGGAAAUGAUCCACCACGUCCCGGAAUCCGAACACCCAUUCUCAGGGCAGACGGCAAGGCCAGUGAGAAAGAUAAAGACAAGGAGAAGGAAAAGCAGGAAGAUAUAAAAUGUACAGACUCACCCAAGCUUUGUGCGAGAGCCAGCUCUCUGAAGCACAGAGCUCAAACUCCCCCAGUUGCUGUGAUGAAGGGGGAGAAGCAGUCGUCUCCUUCCUCUCCUGCCAAGGCCUGUUUUAAACCCAGCUGUCUCAGCUCAGCCCAGGCUCAGCUUGGGGCACUACACAAAAUGCUCUGCUCGGGAGCCAGCGCCAGGCCCGGCACGCCCAACAGCCAACAUCCGCUUCCUCCAUCCCAGCAGGGUUGCUCAGGAGGCAGAGGCUGCCCUGGUUCUGGGGAUCAGCCUACCACAAGGCCCCUGACUGCCACCCAGGCUGACACACUAAGACAGGUCCAGGAAAUUCUGGGAGGGUUGGUGUCUGGGGCCAGGUGCAAAUUGGACCCAGCCAGAGUGACAGAAAAGCUCCUGGGUCCCAACGGACCCCUACAUGACAUUCGUAGCCUGCAGACACAGCUCCACAGCUUGGAGGGGGUCCUGGAGACCAGUCAGAACACCAUUAAGGUUCUGCUUGAUGUCAUUCAAGACCUUGAGAAGAAGGAAGCUGAGAGAGAUGGAAGACAUUCUUACAGGACCGGACAGGACAUCGAGAACUGUGGGACCUGCAGGGACUGCGCCUGCAUCAUCUACAGUGUAGAGCAUGACUUUCGUCUGCAAGAAGGCCAGGUGGUUCGCACAUGGAAGGUGGGCGACCCCCCCGAGGGCUCGCCGCAGCCGGCCGCCCCCCCGCCCCCCACGGUCCAGCAGCAGGACUCCCCUCAGCCGGUGAGACCCCCCGCCGCCUCCAAGAAGACCCGGAAGAAGUGCUUCUGGUUCCUCUGAGCUCCAGCGGGCGGAUCCAGAGACGUUUCCACACUGUAAUGCACUGCAUACACGUCUUUAUAAAAACCUGCGAAAGUAGGUUUGGUUAAAAAAAAAAAACAACAAGAAAAACAAAUGUGGAGUGAAGUGGAGAAUUAAAAUGCAAACCUACUGUAAAGCUGUGGGAGGAGGAAGAGCUACAAAGGGUGAGAUGUUAUCUGUUGUUGAUGAGAGUGGUUUGACUGGGGCGCACAUGUUGUUACCGCUCUUAAAAUGCCUCUUCAGCAAUUGCAGGUUGGAUCCUGGCGCAGGGAAGCAAAAGUGCUGAAGUCAAAUAAAAGCAAAAGUUCAGUCCACAAUAUGACUCACACUUAGGAAGCAAUUAGGAGACAUAAAGAGAAUAUAUAUAGCGAGUGAACGGGGGCAAGGGGCAAUACGGCAGCGAGGGAGGAGAGAUUUAUUGUGUCAAAUAUGAAUAUGAGAAAUGAGUUCAUGGGCGAAAUGCAAAAGAAAGAUUCAUCUUCAUUAAUGGACUAAUGAGGGUCAGAACACCAGCUUUUAUAUUCAGAGACGUUUAAAAAUAAUUGUUAUGACCUGUAUUUAAAACUUUUACUAUAUUGUAAUUGAUGACAAAACCACUGCACAUACGCACACACACACACACACACACACACACACACACACACACACACACACACCUACUGUACGCAUUAGCAAAUGAACUGACAUAUUUACAUGAGAAGCGUAUAAAGGCUGAGGGAAGCGUUGGUGCGCGGGCUCAGCUCCGCUGCUCACAUGCUGUAUUUCAGACAUGGAUUGCUGCUCUAUAAAAGUAUUUUACCACA